AUAUUAAUUUAUAUCUUUUUCUUCCCAUAUGACAGCAAUGGGAACAUUCAGAAUUCACCAUAGUGACACUUUUUGCAUGAGUAGUAAUAAGGAUCUUAGGUAUGCUGCAAGCGAAGUACAUGAUGAGGAUAUUGACUAUCAUUGUGCGACUUUGUCGUAUUUAAAGGAGAGGGUAAAAAGCCUUGGAUAUAUGCAUUUUAAGGACAUCUAUUACAAAGAUCCUUAUGUGGAAAAAUUUGGUGAAGCAGUAAAGGUUAUAAAUAGUAAGCAAGAGCUUAUUCACAUGCGGUACCUUUUAAAUGAAAGGGGAAUUAUAGAUGUGUACAUUAAGCAUUUCUGUGAAGAGCCAAACAUUUUAGAUUUGCUUGAAGGUGGCACUGUUCUACAAGAAUCAAUUGAUGAAGGUACAAUGGACAUUGGGGAAGGUUGUGCGACACAAAAUUCACAACUAGCCCCAAAUUUUCAUGAAGCUCUAGAAACAACAACUAAAGGUGAUGCUGAUGAAACAGAUGCAAUGCAUGGAGGUGAUGCAGCCCAACAAGAAGAUCUACAGAAGAAUGAUCAUGAUCAUGAGGAGUUGCCUGAUAUUGUGCAUAAUGAUGUAGAUGAUGAGGAUAAUGAGGAAGGCUGUGUGACACAAAAUUCACAACCAGCCCCAAAAUUUCAUGAAGCUCUAGAAAGAACAGUUGGAGGUGAUGCUAAUGAAACAGAUGUAGUGCAUGGAGAUGAUGAGGAGGUGCUUGAAUCUAUUCGCAAUAAAAAGAAACAUAAAGCCAGUGCAAGAAAAAAUGCAAAUGGUGCUGGACCAAGCGGCACAGUUCAUGACUCCCCUACCACAGUUAAUGAAGAGGGUGAAAGGGUUCCUAUAGGAACUGAUGACCAUGGAGAUUUGGGUUCUGAUUCUUGCUUUGAAAAUAGUGAAGAUGAAUUUGAGGUUUCUAGUGAUGAUUUAGGUGAGUACAAUGUUGAGGAUGAACAUGAACUUGAAGAAGAACAAGAAGAAGAUAUAAGAACUACUAGAAGUAGUGAUUUAUGGUUUAAUCCUUCAUGGACUACUGUUUGGUUUGAGGUAGGGAUGAGGUUUGAGCAUGUAGCACAAUUUAAGGAGGCUAUAGCUAACGAACACACUUGCUUUAAGAGUUUGAAGCCUGACAUGGUUGGGUUGAAGAUACUUGCAAAACACCAUAGGAACAAAAUUCUUGCAAAUCCACAGAUCAGAGUCAGUGAGAUAAUGAGAUUGUCUCAUUUAGAAUUAGGAGUUCACGUUUCAAGGGAUAAGUGUAAACUAGCAAAGGAAAAGAUUAUGAAGGAGGUGAAAGAAGCUCACACAAAGGAAUUUGCUCAAUUAAGAAGGUAUGCAGAAGAGCUGUUGAGAUUGUCCCCUCAGUCAAAUGUUCAAAUUGAUAGUGAGCCACCCAUAACUCCAGAAGGAAAACCUAUGUUUAAAAGAAUUUAUGUGUGUCUAGAAGGAUGUAGGAAGGGUUUUCUACUGGGCUGUAGACUAGUAAUUGGAGUAGAUGCCUGUUUCCUCAAGAAGAUGUUCAAAGGAACCCUUUUGGCAGCUGUUGCAAGGGAUGGGAACAAUCAAAUGUUCCCAAUAACUUAGGCUGUUGUUGACUCAGAGUCUACCAACUCAUGGACAUUUUUUUUUAGAUGCCUAGCUAAUGAUCUAUCAAAUCACACUAGGCGAGACUUAAUGUUCAUUUCGAACCAACAUCUUGUAAGUGUGCACAAUUUAUUAUGAAUUAAUUUAUAUUAUCAAU